AUGGAGGUGAAGUUGAAGGUACAAGCCCUGUCAUCACUCAGAAAGAUUCCCAAGGUCAAUGAAAAGAAGAUUCACCUUGACUCACUCAAGUUGUUCAACCGACUGAUCAUUUUGGCCCAACGGGCUAUGACAGUUGAGACAAGCUUACAGUAUAAGCUGGCUUCCUUCCUAUUGUCCCUGUUCAGCAACAAAAAUCAGAAAAUGAACAAGGAAAACAAGGUAGGCUUUUCCAAGACUAGCCUGAAGGAUUUAACUGAUCCACUUGACCUCACUAACAAACCCUCCUCCACUCUGGUGGUUGAUGGUGGAUGGCUUCUCUACAUGGUGAAGUGGGAACAAGUGGCUGAAAGGUUGAAUGGGACUCUGUUCAUGGAAUAUCUGUGGCCAGAGGAAGAGAAAUGGCUGCUGGUGGCCUUGCUGGGACUGGAGAUGGUCAUGGGAAUUGUGGGAAACUGUCUUGUUCUGCUUGUUAAAGUCAUGUGCAAGGGUCAGUUCUGCUGCCGUUAUUGGCUUCCUUUCAUCAGUCUCACUUUGUCAGAUUUAGGCUGCUCCCUUCUCAUCAUCUCCGGCUCGCUGCUGGCCAUGCUGACAGGGGGUCAGAGUUCUCCAUGGUGCGAGGUCGUCAGCCUGCUGAAGUUUGCCUUCAUCAGCUCUUCCAUAGGGAGCCUAGCUAUCCUCUGUGUGCACCGGCUGAUCGGCAGGGCCUCCACAAGAAGGGCUCUCUUUGUUGUCAUGGUGGUAGCAUGCUCAGCUUCUUGGGUGACCGGGCUGGUGUUUGGGAGCAUCCCUGUCAUCUAUGCCUGGAUCAAGUAUGAUGGUGCAGAGAUGCUGUGUGCCGUUUUCUGGGAGAGCAGCUACUCAGACAUGUUGGUCUACAUUCUCUGUGCUUUCUCCGUCUGUAUCUUCCUCCCCUUCCUCCUCAUCGUGUUCUGCUCCCUGCUGAGUGCCAUCGGCUGCGGCUCCAACUCAAACAGUGAUGAUGAAGCAGACCUGUCUGCAGUCACUCCACUGCUGGUGGCCUCCUACGUGCUCUGCUACACUCCCUUUGUUGUGUCUGAGCUGAUCCUGUUGGGUAGACUGGACCUGUCUGCGGCACCCGAUUGGUUAAGGACAUUGUCAUCAGUGAUGUCUUACCUGGACUGUGGUCUGAACCCUCUGAUCUACUGCUCCCACCAGGACUUCAGGGAGGCGGGCCUGGCCCUGUUGUGGACCAAAAGAAAACCCCUGUCAGAGCCUGUGCUCACUGCCAUCACUAAACAUGAGCUGUAA